AUCUUAGGAUACUAAUGAUUCCAUAUCUGUAAAUCAACCUAAUGAAGCUUUCAAUCAAUUGAUGAAACAAAUUACUCAACUGGACUAAAAGGAAGUUGAGAAAACUUCAAAUGUCAAAAUUUUAAUAGAUCUAUUUCAAAAUAGGGAUCUCAGAAAAUAUCCAACCUAUUGACCGGAGAUUAAGAGUAUCCAAUUCUACCCAUGAAAAAAACGAGAGAUAUGAUCCCAAUUAAUAAUCGUAAAUUAUUAACUAGAAUCUCUAUUAAAUGUCCUUCUAAGGAUAGACUAGACCAUUAAAUAGAAAUCAACUCAAACUAUUAUGCAAAAGAUGUUAUCUAAUCUCUUAAUAAAUAGUAUUAUUCUUAAAAGCUACCGAUAAUUAGCGGCAUAUAACAAUAGGAUGAGGAGUAUAUUUAAGAAAAAAUUCCUCAAAGGAAAGAAACUCUAGUAGUUAUCUCAAAAGGUCACAACAUUAAGCUUUGAAAAAAGAUUUAUCCAU